UCUUGGAUGGCUGAUUCCGCUGUAGAAUCUUCCCCGGCCCCCAUUCAGCCUGAGGUUACAGUUUCUGAUCCUACAGCUUUUACUAAGUAUUUGCUUAAAACGACAUGUUGCUUAAUGGAUGAAUCGGACGACAGCAUUGUCCUUUUGCACGAAGCACUUAAUGAUCAAAAUUCUCUUGAUUCAAUUAAAAAGUUUAUAUCUGACCCACAGAUUCAUGUUCUUGUUAUCCAGAAAAUAUCUGGCAGAGACGAAGAAGACGAGUCUGCUGAGAAUGAAACAACCUACAUUAUUUCAACGGAUGUUCACUAUACAAAUAAUAAAUUGUUUAGCGUCAUUUAUAUAAAGCGAGGAGUUGUGGUUGAGGCCGACAAGGCCUAUGGCUCACAACUAAGGGUUCUGAACAUGAGUGAUGGCUCGCCUUAUGAAACUCUCCAUUCCUUUAUAAGCAAUGCGAUGUGUCCAUUCUAUAAAUCCUACAUAAAAGAGUCCGGUAAAGCAGAUCGGGAUGGCGAUAAGAUGGCACCCAGUGUAGAAAAAAAAAUGACUGAGCUAGAAAUGGGCUUACUGCAUUUACAGCAAAAUAUAGAUAUUCCUGAAAUAACUCUUACUGUACAUCCAUACGUUGCACAGCUGAUCAAAAAGCGUAUGGAGGAGGGGAUUAAGGCAAGAACAUCAGAUUUCGAAGAUAUGCUUGAGGAUCCUCACUUUCUUAAUUCACUUCAAGCCGGUGUCAAUAGAUGGAUAAAAGAAAUUCAAAAAGUUACAAAGUUGGAUCGUGAUCCUGCAUCUGGAACUGCUCUUCAGGAGAUCACAUUUUGGCUCAAUUUAGAGCGUGGCCUUCUUAGAAUCCAAGAAAAGCGAGAAUCGCUAGAGGUUACAUUGACUCUGGAUAUUCUUAAACAUGCUAAACGAUUCCAUGCCCUUGUUAGCUUUGAUACUGAUACCGGUCUACAACGAGCCUUGGGCAUUGUCAAUGACUAUAACCCUCUAAUGAAGGAUUUUCCACUCAACGAUCUUUUGUCUGCAGCAGAACUUGAAAAGAUUCGAGUCGCCCUGCAGUCCAUAUUCGCACAUUUGAGGAAAAUAAGAAAUACCAAAUAUCCUUUGCAAAGAGCGUUGAGGUUAAUAGAGGCGAUCUCGAGAGACCUCAGUUCUCAACUACUGAAGGCGAGUUUUAGUGUUCUCGGAGCGCGACGCCUCAUGCAUAUGCCUUUUGAAGAGUUUGAGCGUGUUAUGACCGAUUGCUUUGAAGUCUUUACAACUUGGGAUGAUGAAUAUGAUAGACUUCAAAGUCUGAUGAGGGAGCUUCUGAAGAAGAAACGGGAUGAACAAAUUCGCAUGGUGUGGCGUAGUAAUCCCGCUCAUCGUCGAUUACAACUUCGUCUGGAUCAAAUGAGGAAGUUUCGACAUCAACACGAGCAACUGCGCCAAGUCAUCGUUCGUGUACUUCGUCCCGCUGUAACUCGGACUACAUCUACUGAUGGUGUUGAGGUUGGCGCAGAUAUUCUUAAUGGAAAUAGCACCGUCGUUUCUGGCGGCGUAGGCAAACAAGAUGGUUCUGGAGUGCCUUCAAAUAAACUUGUUAAAAAUAAAGAACAACCUUUACUGGACGCUGCUGAUGCCAGUGCUAUUGAUGAGGUCAAUCUGGCCUAUGAAAUAGUUAAGGAAGUCGACUGCCUUGAUGUCACUAAAGAAGGAUGUGACGUUUGGGAAGCUGCAAUUAAACGGUAUGCGAUGCCUAUCUAA